AAAAUAAUUAGGUAAUAGAUGGCGCUGUGAUGUAACGUUAUAUAGAUGCAGAUUACUGCAACCACAACGACAUUUUCAAAAAUUUCAAUUUUAGGUUAAGUUGUAGCUUAAGUUUACUGAAAAAAUUUUCAAAACAAAAUGUUGCCUUUAUCGUUGUUGCGUACGGCCCAAAACCACCCCAUGCUCGUGGAAUUAAAAAACGGCGAAACGUACAACGGUCACCUGGUGAGCUGCGACAACUGGAUGAACAUAAACCUCCGUGAAGUAAUCUGCACAUCCAGAGAUGGUGACAAGUUCUGGAGGAUGCCCGAAUGCUACAUUCGCGGUAGCACGAUCAAAUACCUCCGUAUACCUGACGAAGUUAUUGACAUGGUCAAGGAGGAGGCCGUGGUCAAGAACAGAGGACGUGGUGACAUGAAAUCAGGCAGAGGUGGUGGCCAAAAUCAAAGAAACAGACCUGCAGCCAGGGGCAACUUUGGAGGUGGCCGAGGAGGUGGCAAAGCUGGUGGACAAGGUGGGAGAAAUCCACCAUUUCAACAAAAGCAGAAACCUAAGCAGUAACUUUUGUAAUUUGUUGAAUUAGGGCUUUAGACUAUAUUUAUUUGUUUAUAGUAUAAGCAAUUAUUUCUUAUGUAUAAAUAAAAUAUUCUUUUGUAAUUA